GUGAUCUCGGUAAAAAUGGCUCCCCGUGAUCCUGGUGCGGAAUCCUUGAGUGCUCUCAUCACCAGCGACCUUCCUGAACCCCAGGAGCACUCAGACCAAUUAAAUGCAGAGUACGGGGACUUUGCUCGUCUUAUUUGUGUGCAGCUUCUUCGGGGGCUUUACCGCCCCGCUGGCUGGGCUCCUCGCCGGUUAUGCAUUCGUUGCGGUACCUCUUCUGAGGUCAAGAAUAGUAAUAAAUGGGAGGUGUUGGACGACAGCUUUUACGAAGAGGACCUGGUUGUCAACGAGUGGGUGUUCGGUUUAAAUGACGAGUGGUGCACUUGUGGCUAUUGCUAUGAACCUUGUUAUCGAGUUAUGGAGCGCGAAAUUAUGGCGCACCGCAAUAAAGAUGGUGUCAUCAGCUCAGAUGAGUAUUAUGGAAUUUUAAAUUUGGGUCCUAAUUCCGUGGAAACUCUGUCAGACAUCAUUGAGGAAUCUGAGCCAGAAACUGAUGACUGGUACCCUGUUGGACCGGCCGAUUCCUCCGACUCCGACGAAGCGCCCUCUGCAUCAGCUGGUCCUGGAUCCGGCGAUACUCCUUCCAUCCAGACCUGAAGAUGGCGGCUGUUCUCCCGAGGAGUGAGAUUUCCUUUGUGAUUUAUGUUUUCUCCCUUGCCAUUACUUUGAUCUUUAAAGUUCCUUUAUGGUUUGUUGGGUUGAAAGAUCCUGAUCUCUUUGUUGUUUUAAUUUAAACAUUUAUUUAUCUGAUGUUUUUAAACAUAAUUAUAACAUUGCAAAUGUAUUUAUUUAAUGUUCACCAAAUAACAUGGUGGUUUCCAAUAUAUUUAUUAACAAAUUCAUGGUGUCUCCUUCUUCCCUUUUGUGCAUUCCUUGGUGAAAUGGAAACGCUCCCUGCACUUCUUGCACCUUGCAUUGAACCUUGGGUCGUCUGGGUGUACCUUCAUCUUCUUCUCUUGCAUUUCUU